AUGCUGAAUGGGAAAAGCAAUUUGUUAUAUUUGGAUAUCUCUCACAAUCAUCUAUCUGGAGGGCUUACAAAUUGUUGGAAGAACUGGAAGUCAUUACUUCAUAUUAACUUGGGAAGCAAUAACUUAACAGGAGAGAUACCCCCAUCAAUGGGCUUGUUAUCUAAUCUUACUACGUUGCAUCUGCAUGAGAAUGAGCUCUAUGGUGAGAUAACUCCCAUGCUGCGGAAUUGCCCUCUUCUGGUCUUUAAUGUUCGUGAAAAUAACUUCUCAGGAAAUAUACCAAACUGGAUACCACAGAGUGCAAAGGCUCUCCAAUUAAGGUCCAAUCAAUUCAGUGGUAACAUUCCACCACAAAUAUGCCAAAUGUCUUCCCUCAUUAUUUUGGAUAUUGGAGAUAAUAGAAUCUCAGGACAUAUACCCAAUUGCCUAAAUAAUAUCACAUCUUUAGUUUUCAACAAUGCUUCUAUUAGUAAGCUUACUUUUUACUUUGAUCUCGGUGGUGCAUUUUACUUCUUUUUUGAGACUCUUAAGCUUUUUACCAAGGGUCAAGCAUCAGAAUACGUAAAAACCCUGCACUUUAUGACCUUAGUUGAUCUUUCCAGCAAUGAUCUAUCUGGAACAAUACCUCCACAACUGUUUAGCCUCAUUGGAUUGCAUUCCUUGAACUUGUCCUUCAAUAAAUUAGAGGGAAGAAUACCAGAAGAGAUUGGCAACAUGAAAAACAUGGAGUCGCUUGAUUUAUCAUCAAACCAACUUUGGGGCGAAAUUCCUCAGAGCAUGUCCAGUCUGUCCUUUCUCGGUGUCUUAAACUUGUCAUUCAACAAUCUCACGGGCAAAAUACCAUCAGGCACACAACUUCAGGGGUUUACUGAACUCAGCUACAUAGGAAAUCGUGAUCUUUGUGGACUUCCACUCAAAAACAUCUGCUUGCCGGAUGGUCAAUCAAAAGACACAAAGCCAAUGGAUGAGGAUGAGGAUGAAUCUGAAUUUUUGUUAUGGUUUUACAUUGGUAUAGAAUGUGGAUUUGCCGUGGGCUUUUUGGGAUUCUGCUGUUGCAUUUUCUUAAAUAGGAAAUGGAGACACGCUUACUUCAAAUUCCUUUAUAGCUUAAAAGAUCGACUUUGUCGUGGUUGUCAUCGAGAUUAA